AUGGGUCUCUCGUACAACGUCUAUCUGACCUCCAACAAGAUCUUCGGAUGCAAAACAUGCAAAACACACCUUGCAGAUUACAAUGACAUUAUAAGUCGGAAUUUCCGCGGCCAGCACGGCAAAGCCUACCUCUUCAAUAACGUCGUGAACAUCACGCAAUCUGAUCCAGUCGAACGUAACAUGACCACGGGAAGACACAUAGUGUGCGACAUCAACUGCCGACAGUGCAAAGAAACAGUAGGAUGGAAGUACGACAAGGCAUACGAGAGCAGCGAGAAAUACAAGGAGGGCAAGUUCAUUUUGGAAGAGGAACUGCUGUGUAUUGUGUGUUAA